CAAAUACCUAUAAAUGUACACUUAUAAAUCAUUGUAUAAGAGAAUUUAAUGUCUGAAAAAUGCUUCAACGGCUACUCUCAUAGUACUUUCAACGCAAAUUUUUCUUGUGACUUCUUUCUCACACUUGUGAUUUGUUCCUAUGAUUUGAUAAUAAUUUAUUCAUAAAUGAUUCGUGACGCGUCUUCCUGGUGUUGACUAUCGUUUCAUCACACAAGUCAAUGAUCGCUUAAAUUAACAGUAUAACAGUGAAAAUGAGCUCAGAUAAAGAAGAAAAUACUCUUCUCCCACCCUUAACUUCUGUUCCUAAGAAGCGAGGGAAUAGAGCAAGAUGGGCAUCCGGUGUAAUAUUUUUGGCUACUACUUCACUGGUGUUGGCAUUUGCUUUCAGCAGUCCUACAGAGAACGAAUGCGUACGUGCCUCUCACAGCAAAGAGAGAAACUCGACAGGAGAAUGCUUCACAAAGAAAGAAAUUCUCACGUUCCCAGAUGUAUUUGCUACUGCACUCAGUUUGUUUGGUGUCGUUCUUGGAACGUUGGUUGAUCGUCUUUCGCUCGUCGCAGAAGAAUACAGACAUAGGGAACAACGCUAUGACGGAAGUUGGAAAAAGAUGUUCAAAGCUUGUUUUAGUGGAAUACGUUGGAGUCCUGUAAUUCUGCUUAUAAUACUGGCUACUAUAUCACUUAUCAUUCUAAUAAUUGUCAGAAAUUAUAACGGUAAACCAUGGUGUAAGAUUCAAUAUCUUAUGUAUAUCUUGAGUGGAGUUGGUGUUGGUCCUUUGGUGAUGCACUUACUCAAUCUAAACACACAAUCAAAGAUUCAUAUUUCCAUGAUUCUUGAAGAAAAUCAAACAAACGUCGCAAACGGACUAGCUUGGCAUUAUUAUAUCAAUUAUCUCCAACCAGCACUGCCAGCCUUCAAAGAAGCCGUGCGUUCAUCGAAUUUAAGGUACAAAAAGUUAGUAUUACUCAUAUCACUUGAUUGCAUUGUUAAAGAUAAAUUGAACGACGUCGAUGAUAAAAUUGUUGAACUCCGUAAAACAGGUAACGAAGGAGAAAAAUUUCGAUUUACAAUUUAUAAAUUGACGGUGGGCAGUGAAACAUACGAACUUGCAAUAGAGUACGUAAAAGAGCCCUUACAUACUUUAGGAGAAAUGUGCAAGUUGAAAGGCAAUAAAGCUGUAGAAGAAGACGAUCUGAAGGAACAUGUAAAUUUAGUACAUCGUUCUUUACAUGAAAUUUUAAGCCAUAAAACCCUCAAGGAGUGGAAAGAAGCGUGUGUAUUUGUGUGUAUCGAUUACGAGGAAUUUGGCAAUUUAAAGAACGGACGUCUGGCUCAGUGUAUUAUUAAUAUGAUCAAAAAGUCAAACGGCGAAGAUAACACAGUUGAUGGUUCUCCUGGAUUCAUCACACUUAAACAAAGCAAUGAUAGCGAUAAAACGUCCAAAAGCGCAAAAUACAAAGGUGAAAGUCUUGACAAUAGGAAAUUAUUAGAAAUUCCUGAUCCUAUAGAUGAUCUUGAUGAACUUGAAGAUAAUCCAAUAGUACAAGAAAGUGGAGUGUAGCGAUGCCUUUUUAAUUUAUAUUUUAUGUUCAAAGCACGUCUUGUAAUUAUUUACUAUUACACAACACAACUCGGAAGGUGUUAGGUUUUGUGAUGUGGCCAUCUACCUUCUUUAGUAUAUAUUGACUUACACCAACAAAUAGAGAUAUUACAGAUAACUGUAAUGAUCACAUUUAAUGUUCAACGUCAAUGUCUAUUGUCUACGAUCUAUCGCACAAUGGUUAAACUACUUCUAUUUAUACAAGAUAUUACACAUGGAUAUAUUUGUUUCUUUACUAUAUAUGGUUUAUUUACAAUCGACGGAAAGAUAUUAGGAACUAUAAAAAAUAUUGUGAUUAUUGCACAUAAGUAUCUCUUAAAAUAAUCAUUUAGUUAGUUACACUUGACUUAAUUAUUUACUAAUUACAGGAAGAAUAUGAGAGCAUAUCUUAACAGAAGGCGUUCAAAUACCGCCACUCUCUAGUAAA